AUUACUAUGAUUGCAUUGAUGAUCAUAUUGUAUGUAUACUUUGUGUUAGUUAUUUACCCUUUGGAACUAUACUGUUCAUGUUCUGAUAAUGUUAUCAUUCUUGUUCAUUUUUUCUUGUAGGUUUUGGAGAAGUGAAACAAUAUGAAGAAUAAAAUAAGGAUUGAAAAGCCUAGAAGAGGUGGAUUUAGGAGGGGUUUGGGACAGAUAAUCAAGUGUUUAUGCACCAGAAAUCAAUUAAGAAAAUAAGACAAAAUGAUAUCAGAAUCCCUUGUUGCCGAAAACAGUGAGAAAAAGCCAGAUAUUAGGAAUAUAGAAGAAGCUGAAUUGUCUCUGCUUGAAAGCAGUUCACUGAAUUAGGAGGAAGCAAUAGCAUUGCUGGGAAGAAUUGAAUAUCAGAAAGGAAAUAUAGAAGCUGCACUGCAUGUGUUUGGUGGAAUAGAUAUCGCAACAAUAGUAGAACAGAGUAAGAGACGAUCACAUGAUGAUGCUCCUCCACAAAUGUCUAUCCAUACUGUUAGUCUGCUGGUAGAAGCAAUAUUUCUGAAAGCAAAAUCAUUGCAGCAUCUGCAAAGGUUUAGAGAAGCUGCUCAAACCUGCAAAGUUAUUCUGGACAUAGUUGAAUUUUCAAUACCACAAGGCUUGCCUGAAAACUUUACUGCUGACUGUAAAGUGCAGGAGACUCUAAACGAGGCAGUCAAGAUGCUUCCAGAAUUAUGGAAAUGUAGUGAUUCUCCACAUGAAGCAAUCUUGUCCUACCAGCAGGCUCUUCUCCAUCAGUGGAAUCUUGAUGCUGAAACUAUUGCAAGGAUUCAAAACCAGUUUGCCUUAUUUCUUUUGUAUUAUGGAGGUGAAGCACUGCCUCCAAAUCCCUGCUCGCAAAUGGACGGUUCCUUCAUCCCUAGAAAUAACAUAUAGGAAGCUAUACUUUUGUUAAUGAUACUAUUAAAAAGAGUUUCUUCGAAAAGAAUUGAAUGGGAUCCAUCAAUAUUGGAUCAUCUGUCAUUUGCUCUCUCCUUGUCUGGGGAUUUGAGGGCUUUGGCUAACCAAAUAGAAGAACUACUUCCAGGGUUUAUUUGUCGCAAAGAAAGAUACAUAGCUUUAUGUUAUUAUGGAACAGGCGAAGAUUUGGUUGCUUUGAAUCUAUUGCGAAAAUUGUUGCAUAGUAUAGAGGAUCCACACUGUGUUCCAGCAUUGUUAAUGGCAUCAAGAAUUUGCGGGGAACAACCUAAUCUUGUGGAAGAAGGAAUGAAUUUUGCUCAUAGAUCCCUUGAAAGCCUGGACAAUGAAUGCAGUGAGUUGGAAGGUAUUGCUAACCUUUUAUUAGGUGUGGCUCAUUCGACACAUUCAAAGUCAGCAGUAUCCAAUUUUGAGACAGUUGCCAGAUGGUCUAAGGCACUUCAGACCGUGGAAAAGGCCGGGAAUAUUACAAGCAUGAAAGACCCUAAUAUUCUUUAUCAUCUGAGCCUGGAAAAUGUUAAGCAGAGAAAAUUGGAAGGUGCACUUUAUUAUGCAAAGUCAUUACUAAAACUAGAAGGCGGUUUUAACAUUAAGGGGUGGUUGUUGUUGGCCCGCGUAUUGUCAGCUUAAAAACGUUUUGUGGAUAGUGAAACCAUUCUCAAUGCCACCUUGGAUCAAACCGGAAAAUGGGACCAAAGAGAAUUGUUGCACACCAAAGCUAAGAUUCAACUUGCACAGGGACAGCUCAAAAACGCUUUUGACACGUAUACUCAACUUCUUGGCAUUCUUCACGUACAGAAUAAAAGCUUUGGUUCCAGGAAGAAACUUCAUAAGGAUUGCAGAUGCUAUUCUAGAAGUUUUGAACAGGAAAUAUGGCAUGAUCUAGCUUAUCUCUACAUAAGCUUGUCAAGAUGGCAAGAUGCUGAGAUUUGUCUUUCAAAAUCGAAUGCCAUUAGUUCUUUCUCUGCUGUUAGAAAUCAUGCCACCGGUGUACUUUAUGAAAGAAAAGGACUGCUGAAAGAAGCUCUCAUGGCUUUUCAGAGCGCUUUGGAUAUCGAUCUCGAUCAUUCCCCAAGCUUGAUAUCAGCAGCUGGUGUGCUCAGACAACUCAAAUGUCAACCCGAUGCAGUUGUAAAAAGCUUGUUGAUGAAUACUCUCCGAGUUGAUAGAAUGAAUCCAUCAGCAUGGUAUAAUCUCGGUCUGCUUCUCAAAGCUGAAGGCACCCCAUUGUCGCUAGAAGAAGCUGCCGAAUGUUUUCAGGCUGCUGCCAUUCUUGGGGAACUCGGCACCCGCCUGUUGAUCCAUUCAGAUUAAUUUUCGGCAUUUUAAAUAUUUUUAAUUAAUUAAUUUUCGGCAAUUUAAACAAAAUUUAAUAUUAAUUUUUUGAAACAUUUAUAUUGUAAAUAUAUUUGUAUCAUAAGAAACAAUAGACAAUGAAAAUGUAAUUGAAAUUAAAUAUAAA